GGCGUUUGAAGCCGAGCAUAUUUCGUGGUCGCACGCGCUUUGUUUUGCUCCUAACAGUUAGCACUUGCUACCACAGUCGCCCAGCUCAAAUCUGACCGGCGCUGCUGUUAAAGCGACAUCAAAAUGAAACCUGCCGUGGACGAGAUGUUUCCUGAAGGAGCUGGACCGUAUGUAGAUCUGGACGAGGCAGGGGGCAGCAGCGGCCUUUUGAUGGACCUGGCAGCCAAUGAGAAGGCAGUUCACUUGGACUUCUUCAAUGACUUUGAGGACCUUUUCGACGACGAUGACCUGCAGUGACUCCACAUGCGCGCGCACACACACACACACCUUUCUGAAUAUGUACAUAUGAAAGCUGUCUUUUUCAAAUAAAAGUUGAUUUAAAAAAAGGA